AUGGAUCUUAAACCAUCAUUAGAAAACGUAAUCAGUGAUUCUACUCAUCCCACUGUCACUCCAGAUCCUCGUUGGCCAUCUAAGUGUCGCUGGUCAAUCGAGUCUCCACCGCCGGCAAUAUCGACAGGUACGGUCUCGACUGCAGAAAAAUCAAACGGUGGUUCAGAGUUGUUAUCUCCCCCGGCAGUGAACGAUGAUAAUGAAGUCAUGAGGCAUCAAAUAGAUGUCAUGGUCUUGGAGUCGAAUCCUGUGGUUUCAAGCGAAGCCCCAGACUUAAAACAAUUAGGGGAAAGUGACUCUGUUGCUGAUCCAGAACUAGUGGCUGCCAGAGAUAACACCUCUUCAGACAUCACUAAAAUAUCAGUUGAGUCUCCAAUAGCUACUUUUGUUCCUUCGCUCGGAGCCUGGGCCAAACCUCUCGCUUUUAUACCACCUGCAACUCCUCCAACACCAGCAACUCCAAGUGGUUUCAAUCCGCAUGAUCUUAACAAUUUUCUUGACUCUUUUUGGCCAACACUGGCUGAUGGAUUUGGGCCAAACCAGAAGAAAAAAGACCAUCCAAGUGCUGUAAGAGAGUUUCCUCGUAUGCCAGUUCAGAAGAUUCUGGUCCCUGAGCUUAAAGAUGAUGGAACAUUAAGAUUUCCGUGGGUAGCCAGGAUGGACCCAGCUACCAUAAACCUUUAUCGAGCGGCCAAGCCAACCUUUCGACUCGAUGGAACUCCAGAGGUAACGAUUCCCUCUCAGGUGCUUCGCCUAGGACCAGAAAAUAAAAAGGAGUAUAUCACUGGCCACUUUCACCGCUGCUCUCUUCCUCCAGGGGGUUUAAUCCAUGAUGUGGUUAAUAGAUUGGGUCUCAGCCACGUAGCUUCAGGACUUGGUGAGCCUAUGCAAACACAUAAACCUCGACUUGAUCCGACCUGUUUGGGAGAAGCAAAGUUGUUGGUUGAAGUAGAACUUGACAAACCUUUUCCAAAGCAAAUUGCCUUGGAUGACAAACAAGGUAAUAUUUACUUGGUGGAUGUUGAGUAUACAUGGAUUCCAAGUGUGUGUGGAAGGUGUGAACACUUAGGACACAAGGAAAAAAGAUGUCUACUUCCAGCUGUUGAUUCAAACGUGGAAAUAAGGUCCACACAUGAGGAUUUAUCUGCUGAAGAACCUCAGCCUGAAAUGGGAAAGAUACUAGCUCAGUCUACUGUUGCAUCAGAUCAAUUGGUAUCAGAAGCUGAAAAUUUGGAGUCACAAGUGAAUAUUGAACCGAAGCAUCUCUCUACUCCAGUAAAUAACCCCACUCACUCUAAGGUACAUAUAGCCAAUGGCUCCAACUCUCAUUUCACUUCCUCACCAUUAGCAGACACACAAUCUGCUCCAACUAAAACCACUAUUAUGGAAGAAAUUCCAUCUCCUGUUAUUGUCUUUGAGACCAACUUGGUUUCAAUGGACAAUUCAUUGGUCCCUCCACACUCUCAUGCACAUGAGAGCCCUCCUACCAAUCAAAUUGCUCAUAUUGUGCAAGAUGAUGGAGAAGGGUCUAUGAGUGAAGCUACGACAAACCUCAACAUGUCUCGAGGUGGUAGGCCAAUAAAACCACUCCAAAAAUUUGAAGAUAUGGAAUGGAAAAUGGUAAGAAGAAAGGGUAAAAGAGGUCGUCGAGGCCGCGGAAACCACCUGCCAUCUUCCUAA